AUGGAGUACCAUGAUGUUUGUGACGUGAAAUCGAAGCCGAGGAUGUUAGACUACCUGAUGAAUGACCAAAUUCCGAAUGAAACCGACCUUUCACCUCAGCACUGUGAUUUGCAGCGAGUUGUCAAUACCAUUAGGAACCUCGGGUUGCUUUCUGAAUCAUUCCCUCAAGAAACUAACAACUCGAAGAUCGCCGAGGAUUGGUCCGUUUCUGUUGAUUCGUGGCUCGAUCGGGUGCUUUCACUUGUGUCUAGUCCCAGGGAAUCAUUGUUCAAUUCUGUCACAGUCGCGAAAUCGUUGGACCGGAAUAUGUUUACUAGGGAUGACUUGUCGAGAAUGCAGCUCCGACCGGCUACUAGCAUGCCGGCAUCAGAUUAUAUUUCUAUCAAAUUGGCCACUUUUGCUUCCUUAUCGGAUCUGUUAAAGAGAUUGGGUAAAUAUUCAGAAAUCAAGAAAGAUGUAACGGCGCAUGCCGGGAAGCUAGUUCAACCGGUUUUGGACCUUCUGUUAGACAAUGAAUUCUCAGAGGUUGUAAUGGAAGGAGCACUUGCAGUGCUGUGUAUCGUAAUCGACUUCUUUCCGGCAUCAUUUCUUCCUCAUUAUGAAAAAGCUGAAGCUGUCAUUGUUUCGAAAAUUAUCUCAGGCCAAUGCAGUUCUAAUAUAAUGAAGAGCUACGCUUAUUUCUUAGCAUCACUUCCGAAAUCGAAAGGUGACAAGGAUAGCUGGUUUGUUAUGAUGCAAGAUUUACUAACGUCAGUUGAAAUUCACCUCAAUGAUGUCUUUCAAUGCCUGGAACAAGUACCAGAAAGAGAAGCAAAUCUAAAAGCAAGAAAGUCAAAGCAAUUGUUGACAUGCAUAAUCCCCACACUAAUGCUUUGCUGCAGCACAAUGCUAACAAAUUCUUAUCCAGUUCAGGUGACUGUACCAGUUCAUCAAUUAUUAACUCUUGUAAAGAGAGUGCUAAUGGUGAAUGGCUCAUUUGCUCAAGCUUCAUUGAAGUCCAUGGAAAUCAUGCAGGAAGGGUAUGUUUGCAUUGAGCUUCCUGCUUUGCAGUCAUUUGGUUUAGAUCUCCUAUCCGCAAUCAUCAAAGGAACAUCCAGGUAUGUCACUCGGACUUGGGUCCGAGUGUCAGCCAACUAUUGCCUCAUGCUGGAUAUAUCAUUAGGCUACUUAAAGAUUGCUUGA